AUGAGUUCAGCACCCCGGACAACCCAGCCGGGUCUCGAAGUCGCAUCACAUUACGAUACCACUCCAGUCACACUCGACGGCCAGUCCGGCCACUGGGCAUCACCACCACCGCCCGGCUCGUCAGGUCUACACUCAACGCAGGAGCAAAAGAUAUGGGCGGGCAACGGCUACGAGUCCGUGAAUCAGCGGACGGGCUACGGCGCAUACGCAAACGAGAACGGGACGGCGCACGCGGCAGACGAGAAGCCGGCGCGCCGGAUACCGUGGCUGCUGAUCGGGCUGGGAGGACUCAUCACAUUCGUCCUCGCCGGUGCCAUCGGCGGAGUGGCGGGCUGGAAGAUCACAUCUAACCGGGUCGAGGAGCCGGAGGCUAGUCUCCCCGGAUCCACCGGCGGCGGCGGCGGCAGUGGCGGCUCGCCGACGAGCGCGACCAAGAUCGUGCCGAAUUCGGGGCUCGCCGCCGUCGGAUGGCGGGUCGGCACCGAUAUCACGCUCCAAGUCUGGUUUCAGGGUCCGGAUACGUCGUUGAGAAGGUCAGAGUACAAGACCAUCUACCAGAACUGGACCGAGCCGAUGGAGGUCGAUGCGGCGCCCAAGGUGGGCUCGCCUUUCGGGGCCGGCCAACUCUACACAAAACCGGAUCCCUUACCUGUCAUUCCUCAAGCAGAGCUCUUCUUCAUCGGAUCGCAGAGUAAGAUUGGUGGUGUGAACUUCAGAGAGGGAUUCACAAGAGGCGGCCAGAGCGACAGUAUCAACGAGGGAGGAUGGACCACCAGCAACGACAACACCCAAAUGGCGGCCUACUGGCCAUCGACGAUCCUCCAAGCCAACAACGGGGACGUGAUGGAGGUCUGGUUCGACUACAAAUCGCCAAAGUUCCAGGAGCCGAAGAGAGUCGGCGUCACCGCCUCCGCGAACUCGGCGCUGGCGAUCCUCCCCCGAGAAUCCACGCACUCCGCCGGCGACCAGACGGCGGCCUCGAGCGCGCGGAUCAUCUACCGCGACACCAGCGGGCGCCUCCGCAACUUCGACCGGUCCUCCGGCGGCCAGCAGCUCACCUCGUCGGGCCAGCUGCCGGUCACGGUCGACGCCAACUUCACGAUGGCCGCGUUCGCGGUGGCGCGCGGGGACGCGAACGGGCAGGCGUCGAGCGCGGUCAACACGUGGGUCGUGUACCAGGACUCCAGCACCGGCAAGAUUUCGUACGUGUACGAGAACGGCACCGACGGGUGGAAGGGCCCGGAGACGGAUCCCGUGUUUGAGGGGGCUGAUAACCCGACGCAUCUUGCCUGUGUGACGGCUGCUUCGGCGACGAUACCUGAGGUUCCGCUGCAGCCGGCGCAUGAUUUGAGUCAUUGCUUCUUCCAGGUUAAGAAGCAGCUGAAGCACGUCCAUUUUGACGGGAGUUCGUGGAAUGAUAUGGGUUUCCUUCCCAUCCCCUGA